CCCCGCAGACAUAGGCGACCAAGUCAACACAAACACAUGAUAUGAACGUGAAAAUCUAGGACCAAAAGUAUAAAAAACUCCCUGUAAUAACUCCGUCUAAACAUCUCUCUAUUUAGGCGGGCGUUAACGUGGUACAAAUACACGGCAAUAACAAGUCAACACAAAGAAGAAGCUCGAAGAAACAUCCAAAUCUCUGAGAUUUCUAGCUAUGGCCACUUCUGCUGCUAAGUUAAUGAAGGCUGUUUGGUAUGAUACCUAUGGUGGUGGCGGUGCUGCUCUAAAGCAUGUUGAAGUCCCAGUUCCUACUCCUUUGAAAGAUGAGGUUCUGAUCAAAGUUGAGGCAUCAACAAUAAAUCCAAUUGAUUGCAAAAUACAGAGUGGGCUGUUACGUCCAGUUUUACCCCGCAAAUUUCCUUUCAUUCCUCUCACUGAUAUAGCAGGAGAGGUAGUUGAGCUUGGAUCGGAAGUCACAAAAUUCAAAGCUGGUGAUAAAGUUGUUGCUAAGCUUGGCGAUACGGCUGGUGGUGGACAAGCUGAGUAUGCUGUGGCAAAGGGAAAUUUGACUGUUGCAAGGCCACCUGAAGUAUCAGCUGCAGAAGCUGCUGCUUUACCUAUUGCUGGUCUUACAGCUCUCCAGGCUCUUACUGAAACUGUAGGACUGAAGCUCGACAAAAGUGGACCAGAGGCUAAUGUCCUUGUAACAGCUGCAUCAGGAGGUGUAGGUCACUAUGCUGUACAACUGGCAAAGUUGGGUAACAUCCAUGUAACUGCAACUUGUGGAGCUCGCAACUUUGAUUUCGUCAAGAGCCUAGGUGCGGAUGAGGUUAUCGACUACAGGACCCCAGAGGGAGCAGCUCUCAUAAGCCCUUCAGGCAAGAAAUACGAUGCUGUUAUCAAUUGCACCACAGGUAUUCCUUUCACUACAUUCGAGCCUCAGUUGAAGGACCACGGUAAGGUUGUGGACUUGACCCCUGGUGCUGGGACCUUCGCUAAUUUUGCCCUGAAGAAGCUCACUUUCUCCAAGAAGCAGGUGAUUCCUUUUCUCGUAAGCUGCAAAGGCGAGAAUCUUGAGUAUCUUGUCAACCUCCUGAAAGAAGGCAAACUCAAGACUGUCAUCGACUCGAAAUUUCCAUUGAGCCAAGCUGAUCAAGCUUGGGCUAAGAGCAUUGAUGGCCAUGCCGUCGGGAAAAUCAUCAUCGAGCAUUGUUAAGUUUGGGAAAGCUUCUACAUCUAUUUGGCUGAACAUUUGUCUUCCUGUAUUCCUGCUUUAUAGGAUGUUCUGUGAGAUGAUACUUUAAAAUGUUUGGAUUGUAAUUCUGCCUUUAUUAACUUUUCAAUAUCUUCCGUGUUC